AUGGCGAGUAGUAAAGAAACGACUUUCCAGCGUUGGAGAGAUCUGAAGGAGCAUGAAGGCCUGCGAUCGGACGCAGAGGUUGCUUUUUUCCUUCUCGAUAGAUAUGAUAAAGUCACGUUUAUUUCCACACCCUAUAAGCCUGGUGCGUGUAAACCUCCUCCGUUAUCUGUUUCAAGCGUCAGCUCUCAAAGUGUUUCCGACAACAUUGACUGGGAGGAUCCAACAUGGUAUCCGGAUGAUGGAGAUGAUCAAGGUGUCACUGAGGAGCUGUGUAGAGACACCGAUAGUGAUGAUCCAGAUUACAAUCCACACAUUUGUGUCCGCGCUGGUGGGUCUUUGCCAACACAGAACACACUUGAUGAUAUUCCUGAGAGGAGCAUAGAUGACACAGUUCAUGACAUAGCAGAUCUUGAUGACGAUGAUGCAGUUGCAGACUUGCCACCUUUUCCUGACCAACCGAAAGUUGUUUCUGAGGAUGACAUACUCGGUGUUCCAGCAUCAAUUGCAUACCAUAGCAGCUUGCAUCAGCUUGUACAGUAUCUCCAAAUACCUGUCGACACGUGUAAGAAAAUAGAACAACGCACCAGGCAGUAUUGCGGAGCAUCAAAACCAUUUCGAAUUGAAAUACGUUCAAGGGGCACUGCUGCAAUCAUUGAAUGGACAUGUCCUCGUGGUCACAGUGUGUGGAAGUGGACUUCCCAACCCUGCUUGAAGUUUGGAAUGAAUGCAGGAGACUUCCUUCUCUCUUCAAAUAUCCUUUUAUCAGGAAACAACUUUGCAAAAGUCGCACUGCUGUUCAAAUUCAUGAACAUAAAAAUGGUCAGCAGGACAUUAUUCUUCAGGAUACAGGACCACUUCUGUGUGGAUUCCAUUCAAAAGUUCUGGGAUAAUAAGAGAGAAGAGAGCAUUCACCAGCUUCAGUCUAAAGACAGUGUUGUUGUUCUGUGUGAUGGUCGGAUGGACAGUCCGGGAUUUUGUGCGCAAUAUUGCACAUAUACAGCCAUGGAGAAUGACACAAAGAAAAUCAUCUACAUAACAAACAUUGACAAGAGGGAGACUGCACGAAAUUCGGUUAUCAUGGAAAAGGAAGGUUUUCUCAGAACAUUUCAUACCCUACAACGCGAGGUCAAGCUGACGGAAAUGUGCACUGAUGCACAUACCCAGAUUUCAGCACUUUUCAAUCCAGCAAAGGGACAGUUGAGAGAUGCAGGAGUACAUCAUUCCCUCGAUGUGUGGCAUGGUGCUAAAAACCUCUCUAAAAGAAUACUCGCAGCAAGUCAGCAGAAGCAGUGCUCCAUUCUAUUGCUGUGGAGUAAAGACAUCUGCAAUCACUUCUGGUACUGCUGUAAGAUGGCAGACAACUAUGAUACAUUUUUUGACAUGUGGAUUGGUCUCCUCCAUCAUGUUACUGGUGAGCAUUCAUGGGCACUUGGUAGCUGCCAUCAUGGUCCCCUUACUGAGACCAGAGAGAGGAACUGGAUUGAGUCUAACUCUGUAGCGCAUCAGAAGCUUACAGAAUUAGUUCUGGAUGCACGAUGGCUCAAGGACAUACCCAAGUAUCUGUAUUUCAGGUACGAAAAACUAUACAACAAAAAGUCACGCACAUGGCGUUUGCAGACUGUAAAACAGCCAAAGGACUACAGUUAUGUUCGGGACAUACAAGCAUCUAUUCUGCGGUCAAGACUCUCAUGUGAUGUUGGGAUACCACUUCAUAAAAAACCAAGGCAUCAAGACCCAAGAUUACUAGGACAUCUUUCCGGUGUGCCUCCACCCUCUACAGAAGAGCUAUUAAGGACUCAAGUCAGCAGGGGAAUAGGGCACUUGGAGGAACAGGACUGA